AUGAUGGACUGGAGUGCGCUGCGUGGCGAACUCAUCGUCAGCCGUGCCUCGCUCUUGAACGCGUCUGACCCUCGUGUCGGUUCUAGCCGAGACAACUCUACUGGCGGAACCCUCAGCCAUACCACGACUGGUAGCAACUCCAGCUCGGCCGCUUCUCUCGGCAGCACCUUUAUUCCCGUUCUCGUCUUCUCGGCCGUCUGCCUCAUCAUCUUCGUUUCCUUCCGCCGCAAAUCUCCCCGAAUCUACGCACCACGCACUAUUCCUGGCAUUCGCGAGGACCAUGAGCUCACCCCGGCCCUCCCCGACGGCUGGUUCAACUGGAUCAUCCCCUUCUUCAAAAUCGACGACGCCUUCAUCUUGAACAACUGCUCCCUCGACGGCUUCUUCUUUCUCCGCUUCCUCCGCGUCAUCGCCAUCAUCUGCUUCGCCGGCUGCAUCAUUGCUUGGCCCAUCCUACUCGCCAUCGAUGCCACCGGCGGCAAUGGCGAGGUCCAGCUCGACCUCUUGACCAUUGGCAAUGUCGCCUACCCAAUGCGCUUUUACGCCCACGUGGUCAUAGCCUACAUUUUUUUUGGCUUCAUCCUGUUCAUGGUGUGCCGUGAGUGUGUUUUUUAUAUCAACAUGCGACAGGCGUAUCUGUUAGCACCCCAGCACGCCCACCGUCUCUCGGCCAGAACUGUCUUGUUCACCUGCGUGCCCAAGCGCUUCCUCGACGAGCAUCGUAUCCGCAAGCUAUACGGCGACUCCGUCAAGAACGUUUGGAUCCCGACGAACACAAAGGACCUUGAGCGGCUUGUGAAAGAUCGCGAAAGUGCGGCUGAGCGACUCGAGAUCGCCGAGAUCGAGCUGAUUAAGAAGGCCAAUGCUGCCCGGAAGAAGGCCAUUGGGGCCGAGACCCUCCCGGCCUCUUCAAAGGGGAUCGCACAGAGCAUUCCACCCCUUCUUCGAUCCUGGCCUGGACGCAAGAGACGCAUCGCGAGCGCAUCACGGAAUUCUACCACCUCGUCCUCCUCCGCUACAUCAGCAGCCUCUGCUGUUCCUUCCGUCUCGCCUCUGACCUCCCUCUCGUCCUCAUCCUCGUCCUCAUCCUCAUCCUCGUCGUUUGGCGAGACGGCUGCCGGCCUCAGCAGCCCGCUCACCUCCGUCCCGAGCCAUGCCAGCGGCGACCUCGCCUCGGCCGUCAAGACGGCCUUCCGGGAGGAGACCAUUGCCAUCGACCGACACGCUUCCGUGUCGGAAGCAGCUUCAAGCCCAUCGGCCGCCGACACCAUUGUCGCUUCGACACCAACGCCCACGGCAGAUCUGGCCGAGAAAGACGAGAAAGACGAGAAAGACGAAAAGGAUGGCGAAAAAGAGUACGACGACGAGGACGAGAUGCACUACGUCCAUCCCUACGGUUACUCGCCCGCCCUUCCCGAUAUUCGUGGCUCCGUGGCCGCACAGUGGCUACCGGCCGAAAAACGUCCGGGCCACCGGCCAUUGUCGAAUUACGGCCGCCGCGUCGACACGAUUCGCUGGACACGCAACCGGCUCAAGACGCUCAACCAGGCCAUUGCUCGCACGCGACGACGUUAUCGCAACGGCAACGGCGAUCCUCUCUCGGCUGUCUUUGUCGAGUUCGACACGCAGGCUGCCGCCCAAGUCGCCUUCCAGGUUCUCGCCCACCACCAGCCGCUGCACAUGUCGCCGCGUUUUAUCGGCAUCCGCCCCAACGACAUCAUAUGGUCGUCACUGCGCAUGAAGUGGUGGGAGCGCAUCAUCCGCCGCUUCGCCAUGAUGGGCGCCGUCAGUGCUGGCGUCAUCUUCUGGUCGAUCCCUUCCGCCUUGGUUGGUAUCGUCUCCAACAUCAAGUUUCUCAGCAGCAAGUUCUUUUUCCUCCACUGGCUCAACGACCUGCCGGCUGUCAUCACCGGUGUUAUCGAGGGACUGUUGCCGUCGCUGGCUCUCUCCAUCCUGAUGGCGCUCGUCCCGGCGAUGCUGAGAGGAGCUGCCCGGACCGCCGGAGUGACGUCCGUCCCCAUGGUUGAGCUCUUUACACAGAGCGCAUACUUUAUCUUUCAGGUCGUCCAGGUAUUCCUGGUCACGACACUGACCUCUGCUGCGUCGGCAGCCAUCACACAGAUCCUCGAGGACCCCCUCUCGAUCAAGGAUCUCCUCUCCUCGAACCUGCCCAAGGCCUCGAAUUUCUAUCUAUCCUACAUCACUGUGCAGUGUCUGGCUGGCGGUGCCUCUGGACUCCUCCACUUUCUCGACCUCUUCCGCCACGGCAUUCUGUUCAAGACUAUCGAGGACCCCAGACGGGCUCAUAAAGUAUACCACACGCUCAAGAGACCGCAUUGGGGAAGCAUCUUCCCUGUCUACACAAAUAUGGGAGUGAUCGCGAUCAGCUAUGCCUGCAUUGCUCCGCUCAUUCUCCUCUUUGCCGGUCUUGGCAUGGUCUGUUCGUACCACGUCUACCGGUACAACCUCCUGUACUACUUCGACGUCGACGUGGAUUCCAAGGGCUUGCACUAUCCCCGUGCCCUGAUGCAUCUGCUGGUCGGCCUGUACAUGGCGCAGAUCUGCCUGAUUGGUCUUUUUACCCUUCAAACUGCCAUCGGCCCAGUUGUCUUGAUGGCUUUGUUCUUGAUCUUCACCAUCAUUGUGCAUCUGUCGCUGAGCGAUGCGGUGAAUCCACUGCUCACCUCCUUGCCGCGCACGCUCGCGUUGGAAGACAGGGACCUAGCCCGCACAAAUGCCGAAGACCGAAUGGAGGCGGAAGAGCCACGAAUUGACAGUGGCGCCGGCCUGAACUCAGACUACUACGAUCUCGAGGAAGGCUUUGGCGAAGAGGAGGCAGACGACAACCUCCACGAGGGUCCUGUGGGAACUAGGAGCGGCAUCGGCAUCGAUGGUGCCGGCGGUCUGUUCAGUAUCUUCAAGGACAGCACGGCAUCGGCCCUCAAGAAGAGCUUCAAGACGGCAAUCAAGGCAGUCAAGGACGAUACUCGAGAGUCUCGCUUCGGCCUAUAUGUACCGUGGCUGAGGCCGAAGAGAGCCGAUGUGGACGCCAGCCGCGAUGGUACUGGCGAUCCUAGCAGCAGCGAAGAAGCUGCCAAGAAGAAGCCCAACAUCUUCAUCCGCUGGCUGCACCCGGAAGUGUACGAGGACUACUCGUUCCUGCGGAAAAUGCUGGCCGUGGACGUGCCCGAGGUAGAGUACCCGGAUGACUAUGCGCGGCGUGGAUACUGGCCGCCCGAGAUGUGGAAGCCGGUUCCGCGAGUGUGGGUGCCACGAGACGAGGCGCGGGUCAGUCGCCAAGAGGUGGCGCACUCGGGGCUGGUGGCACCCACUACCGACCGGGGCAUCUGGCUGAACUCAAAGGGACGGGUGGAUUUCGAUCUAAGCCAGGCGCCGUUUAAGGAGCCGCGGUUUGUGUACUAA